GGAUUUCGGGGGGGGUGGGGGGGCUGUACCAGGGCACCCCCAGUACGUUGGGGUGCAUUAUUUUUCCAAAAGAAGUUUGGAGGUGGGGGGACACCCCUGUCCCAGAGGGGUCCUGGCCACGCUGGGGCUCCCCCCGGUGCUGGUUGGGUCCUGGGGGGCCCCCCCGUGCCCCCCCCCUCACAGCCGUGUCCCCCCCCCCAGGCGUCGUCUCCACGGUGGUGCCCGAUUCCGCUCAUAAGCUCUUCAGGGGCCUCCCCAACUACCUGAACGACGACCAGGUGAAGGAGCUGCUGACGUCCUUCGGGCCCCUGAAAGCUUUCAACCUGGUGAAGGACAGCGCCACCGGCCUCUCCAAGGGCUACGCCUUCUGCGAGUACGUCGACAUCAACGUCACCGACCAGGCCAUCGCCGGGCUGAACGGGAUGCAGCUGGGUGACAAGAAGCUGCUGGUGCAGAGGGCCAGCGUGGGGGCCAAGAACGCCACCCUGAGCACGAUAAACCAGACCCCGGUGACGCUGCAGGUGCCCGGGCUGAUGAGCUCGCAGGUGCAGAUGGGCGGCCACCCCACCGAGGUGCUGUGCCUGAUGAACAUGGUGCUGCCCGAGGAGCUGCUGGACGACGAGGAGUACGAGGAGAUCGUGGAGGACGUGCGGGACGAGUGCGGCAAGUACGGGCUCGUCAAGUCCAUCGAGAUCCCCCGGCCCGUCGACGGCGUCGAGGUGCCCGGAUGCGGAAAGAUUUUCGUGGAGUUCACCUCGGUGUUCGACUGCCAGAAGGCGAUGCAGGGCCUCACCGGCCGCAAGUUCGCCAACAGAGUCGUCGUCACCAAGUACUGCGACCCCGACUCCUACCACCGCCGCGACUUCUGGUAGCCCCCGGCGGGGGGCCCGGCCCCGCGCCCCCCCACCCCCUUUUCUUUACCCCCCCCCUCUUUUUUUCGUUGUUAUUUCGGGGGUUCUUUUAUUUUUUUGUUUUGUUUCCGUU